UCUGAUUUAUUUACAGUCAUAAGCACCUCUAUCUCUCUUUCUAAGUUUUCUCAAGUUUCAAUUCAACCAUCACUGAUCUCAGUAUUAGAUAUGUCUACAUCUAAUAAGCCUGAAGUGGUGGAAAGGGGUGCUAAGGAUGAAAAGCCGAAGGAAGAGGAUGAGAAGGGUGGAUUUCUUGACACAGUGAAGGAUUUCAUUCAAGACAUUGGUGAGAAGAUUGAGGGAGCAAUUGGGUUUGGGAAGCCAACUGCAGAUGUUACAGGGGUGCGCAUUCCAAAAAUCAAUCUUGAGAAGGCAGAGCUUGUAGUUGAUGUUCUCAUAAAGAACCCAAAUCCGGUGCCAAUUCCCCUAAUUGACAUAAACUACUUGAUUGAGAGUGACGGGAGGAAACUAGUUUCGGGAUUGAUACCGGAUUCCGGUACAAUCCAUGCACAUGGAGAGGAGACAGUCAAGAUUCCUCUCACUUUGAUUUAUGAUGAUAUAAAGAAAACCUAUCAGGAUAUCCAACCAGGAAGCAUUAUUCCUUAUAGGGUGAAGGUUGAUCUCAUUGUGGAUGUUCCUGUCAUUGGAAGGCUCACUCUACCUUUGGAGAAAACUGGAGAAAUUCCCAUUCCAUACAAGCCUGAUGUUGAUCUUGACAAAAUUCAGUUUGAGAGGUUUUCUUUUGAAGAGACAGUUGCUAUUCUUCAUUUGAAGUUGGACAACAAGAAUGAUUUCGACCUUGGCCUCAAUGCCCUUGAUUAUGAGGUCUGGCUUGGUGAUGUUAGCAUUGGAGGAGCAGAACUUUCCAAAUCUGCUAAGCUUGUGAAAACUGGGAUUACUGACAUUGAUGUUCCAAUCACCUUCAGGCCUAAGGAUUUUGGGUCUGCACUUUGGGACAUGCUUAGAGGAAGGGGUACAGGCUAUACUAUUAAAGGACAUAUUGAUGUUGACACUCCCUUUGGAGCAAUGAAAUUGCCCAUCACCAAAGAAGGUGGCACUACCCGGCUCAAGAAGAGCAAGGAAGAUGGUGGAGAUGAUGAUGAUGAGGAGUGAAGAAGAAAUGGCAUCAAGUUAUUAGUAUCGGUUAUUUUAUUUACUUGGUGUAUAGGUCCAUUAGAAAGUUAAGAAAAGGGACAUGAACUUAAAGGCACUAAUCUUAGUUUCAUGGUUAUUUAUGUAUCUUGAGAGUUCAAGUUUGACGUUUGAAAUGGAUGGUUGUAUUUAUGGUUAGAUGUGUGGAUAUCAGUUUGACGUUUGCCCUUGCUCUUGAAGCCACGUUCCUGAUAGAGUACGUAAUUCCUGAUCAAAUUCAAAACAAUGCAGAGGUAUCUUUUAAAAGCAUGAUUAUAAUUUUGUCAAUCUUUUGGGUCCUAAAUAAACUGUGUGUGGUUACUGGUUCUGUACCUUUUUGAAUCUCAAGGGGAAGAGUGUUGUAGAGUGUUUUGCUAUUGACGUCUUCUAUUCAAAAUUAAUAUUUAUAUAAUUGUUAAUUUGCUAUUCUCAGCAAUGUAUAUUUUA